GCAUACACCCUUCACAUUUUUUUUGCGGACCGCCAUAACUAUAGAAGAAGAAGAUAAUUUAUACCAGCGUCGUAGCAAAGACACCGCGACUAUAUACUGGAUAUCUAGCAACAAAUGGCUACCACCAAUUUCUUAUGCUAUCGCAUGUUUGGAUGUUAAUGACUUAUAUCUUCAGCUAAGGACAGGUUUAGCUAGCUAGGUUGUUUUUACACAUACAUUUCCAAUAGGGUAUCGAGAUGCUAACUAGCUAAUGUCAUCAAGCCAUAAAUUGUGACCCCCAGACAUACAGAAGAAUCCGGGCUCACUGAGGCCGGUCAGUCAGCUUGCUAACAGGGUUUUGCUACGGAAGCUAACACAGAAUAGCCAGCCAUCCAAAUCGUGGACAAUUGAUUAGUACCGCAUUCUGUAGCUAGCUAGCUUGAGAGACCGACAGCUAGCUAGCUAGCUAGCUAAAGAAGCACGUCUGUCAUUUAUUGACAGACCGGCCGGUUGGGCUAACAUGGAGACAUCGGGGAGAAUAGCAACCACGCCAGACGCCCUCGACUUCACAGUGGAAAACGUGGAGAAGGGGCUCCACCAGUUGUACUAUGACCCUAACAUUGAGAAUAAGAAUCUGGCCCAGAAGUGGUUGAUGCAGGCUCAGGUCUCCCCUCAGGCCUGGCAGUUCUGCUGGGCUCUGCUCAGCCCUGACAAGGUUCCUGAAAUCCAGUACUUUGGGGCUAGUGCCCUCCACACUAAGAUAUCCCGCUACUGGUCUGAUAUCCCUUCUGACCAGUAUGAGACCCUGAAGACUCAACUCUUCUCCCAGAUCGCCUGCUUCUCCUCCGGAUCCAAGAUGGUGCUAACGCGUCUGUGUGUGGCGCUGGCCUCCCUGGCCCUGAACACCAUGCCAGAGGUGUGGCCGGGCGCCGUGCCAGAAAUGGUGCGUGUGUUCCAAGAGGAGGGAGGGGGGGUGGAUGGCCGGGCCAGAUGUCUGGCCCUGCUGGAGCUUCUGACCGUCCUGCCUGAAGAGUUCCAGACCAGCCGCAUGCCGCAGUACCGCAAGGGACAGGUGCGAGGUGCUCUGGGUCGUGAGUGGGGGUCAGUGUGUCCACUGCUGCAGCAGCUGCUGCGUCAAGGGGACAGUCCCGGGGCAGUGAAGUCUCGUGUCCUGCGCUGUCUGUCCUCCUGGGUGCUGCUGGACGUCCCUCUCAGUGAGAGUGAAGGACUGGUGGAGGACUGUUUCACUGCUCUACCAGACCCCGAGCUGUUUGAUACCGCCGUGGAGGCUAUUGUCAACGCCAUAUCACAACCCGACUCCCAGAGAUAUGUGAACACGCUACUGAAGCUGGUGCCACAGGUCUUGUCCCUGCAGGAACAACUAAGAGAGGCCGUCCAGAACGGAGACAUGGAGACGUCACACGGAAUCUGUCGCAUCGCUGUCGCGCUGGGCGAAAACCACUCCAGGGCUCUGCUGGAGCAGGUAGAGCAUUGGCAGGGCUUUCUCGCAUUGGUCAACAUGAUCAUGUUCUGCACUGGGAUACCAGGACACUAUCCAGUCAACGAGACGACCAGCUCCCUCACACUCACCUUCUGGUACACACUACAGGAUGACAUCAUGUCGUUUGACUGUGAGAGACAGGCGGUGUAUCUGCAGGUUUAUAGACCCGUGUAUUUCCAGCUGGUGGAUGUUCUGCUGCAUAAAGCCCAGUUCCCCUCUGACCAGGAGUACGCAUCAUGGUCCUCAGAUGAGAAGGAGCAGUUCAGGAUUUACAGGGUGGAUAUCUCAGACACUCUGAUGUAUGUGUAUGAGAUGCUAGGAGCUGAGCUGCUCAGUAACCUGUAUGAGAAACUAGGACGAAUAUUGACCAACACAGAACAAGCCUCGUCAUGGCAGCAUACAGAAGCAUUGCUGUAUGGGUUCCAGUCUAUAGCGGAGACGAUAGAUGUCAACUACUCUGAUGUCAUCCCAGGCCUGAUCGGACUCCUCCUCAGAAUCAACAUCAACAACGUCCAACUGGCCGACACCGUCAUGUUCACUAUCGGAGCUCUAGCAGAGUGGUUGGCGGACCACCCGGUGAUGUUGAGUAGUGUUUUACCUCUGGUACUCCAGGCCUUGGGGAACCCAGACCUGUCCAUCUCCUCAGUCUCCACACUCAAGAAGAUCUGCCGAGAGUGCAAAUACGACCUGCCACCCUAUGCCUCCAAUAUAGUGGCUGUAUCACGUGUACGUGAGGUGCUGAGCAAACAGAUUCACAAGACCAGUCAGUGUAUGUGGCUGAUGCAGGCUUUGGGCUUCCUGCUGUCUGCUCUGCAUGUGGAGGAGAUACUGAGGAACCUGCACUCUCUCAUCACUCCCUACAUCCAACAACUUGAGAAACUAGCUGAUGAGACGCCCAACCCGUCCAAUAAACUAGCGAUAAUCCACAUUCUAGGUCUGCUGUCCAAUCUCUUCACUACGCUGGACAUUAGCAAACAGGAGGACGAAUCAGGAGAGAGCACUGCUCCCCCUGUCAAAACUGCCCCACUCCCACCAGGGCCUAACCCGGUGGUGGUGGUCCUACAGCAGGUCUUUGCUCUCAUUCAGACGGUCCUCAGCAAGUGGCUCAACGACUCUCAGGUGGUGGAGGCCGUGUGUGCUAUCUUUGAGAAGUCGGUGAAGACUCUCCUCCAUGACUUUGCCCCCAUGGUGUCUCAGCUCAGUGAGAUGCUAGGACAGAUGUACAGUACCAUACCACAGGCCUCAGCACUGGACCUCACACGACAGAUGGUCCAUAUAUUUGCCAGAGAGACGGACCACUUCCCUCCCAUCAAGGCUCUAUUUGAUCUGGUCACCUCAGUAACACUCUCCAUCUUCCAGCAAGGACCCAGGGAUCAUCCUGAUAUUGUUGAUUCAUUUAUGCAACUCCAAGCUCAGGCCCUCAAACGGAAGCCAGAUCUCUUCUUGUCUGAGAGUCUUGACGUGAAAGCUGUGUUCCAUUGUGGACUAUUGUCACUGAAAUUCCCUGAGGCUCCAACAGUCAAGUCUACCUGCUUGUUUUUUACGGAGUUGUUGCCCCGCUGCUCAGAUGUGCCCCCAGUGGCCAGAGUGGUGCAGGAGAACGGAAAACUACUGCUGCAGGCGGUACUAGAGGCAAUCGGUGGAGGUUCAUCUCGUAGUCUGAUGGAACAGUUUGCUGAGGUGCUGUUCAGUCUCAAUAAGCACUGUUUCCCUUUGCUCACGGUGUGGCUGAAAGAGGCGCUGCAGGCACAAGGCUUCCCCUCUACUAGGGUCACCACAGAACAGAAAGACACCUUCACCCAACAGAUACUCAGAGAGCGAGUGAAUAAGCGGAGGAUGAAGGACAUAGUGAAGGAGUUUACACUAGUGUGCAGAGGUCUUCACGGGACCGAGUAUGCUGCUGAAUACUGCCUCUGACCCCUGACCUUGCCAUGACCCCCAGGCAGGACGCCACAUUACUACAGUACCCAUAAACCCCUCAAAACUGGAGUUUCCAUUGGACGAUAGAAACAAGACCCUCCCCCUAGAACAGAAAACAGCUCUCCAUAAAGGUCUGCCAAUGAUGGAGCUAUGUCACACCCCACUGCGGUCUGAGGAAGGUUGCUCAACCCCCCCCCCCCCCCAUUUCUGUGACUUCAAUUACAAGCAUGCCCUCUGUUUGUCUCGCUUUGACUUUUGGUUACGAUCUUCCAUGGCUCCAAGGCUGUUUCUCUGCUGUUUCCUGGUUGUUUAGCAUCUGAGACGAUAGUGGUACUGUACCUACCGUACGUAGCUAGCUAGUUGUCCUUUGUAUCUUUGGAAAGAAAACCAAAAUAAAUAUAUAUCUAAACAUAUAUAUAUAUAAACACACACACAUAUAAAUACCUAAUGUAACGAAACACAGCCAGUCCUGCUGCUGCUAAACAGGAAGAGAGAGGGACCAAUGACAGGAUAGCAUUCUGUGGAUAGACACAUUUUCAGCAUAAUGUAUAUCGUACAACACUGACUCGCGCACCCCCAUGCUCUUACGUUUGCCAAAAUUAUUGUGGAACGUCAUGUGAACUAGUCUUUUAUUUUGUGUAUUUGAUAGUUGCCUUGAUGGGGAAAUUAUGAGGGGAUUGAUUGAAGAUUGAACCACUGACUAAGUAGAAGAUUAUAGACUCUGCUCUCCUGCACCUGCCAUACUCACACACACACACACACACACACACACACACACACACACACGGUCACAAAACUGUAGUUUCCUCAUGAAUCUAGAAUGUAUUUAGUUCAGGAGAGAGUGAUAGAGAGAUGAAUGUUGGGAGGGGAUCGAUGGGGGUGUGUAGGAGAGGGGUAUGUUGUCCUAGCUGUGGACUACAGUCACUGUAAUCGUGCAACUCUAUUAAUCAUGUUGUGCGUAUUAACAGUCAUAUUACUGAACAUUUCCGUGCGUGUGUGUGUAUGGGCGCAUGUUUUUGCGCAAGUGUGCAGAUGUCUGCCUCCCCACUUAUUGAGUGCACUUAUAUCGGACCUACAUCACUUUCACAUACCAACCCCCCCCCCAAUGGCCCCGCCCCCUUUAGAAACGGACCCCACCCUCCCAUUUGACACUCUUAGUCCUCCCAUACAUACAGCACAUGUCCCGAGUACUCUACUUCAAUGUUCUCCGCUUGCCACACAGACCAAAAUAAUACAACAGUCCACUAACCUCCACAUGGCCUGGAUUGACUGACCAGUCCUAACCAACGACUAGAUGAACUCAUCCAUAUGAUCUAUAAACCAGUAGAACAAACCGCACACCAUACUGCUCUUAACCGGUGCCUGUCAACCAGUGUCUUAUCAACCAACCGGUUGCCUGCCUAGACUGAAACCAGAGGGAGGGGGGUAGUCACUGAUGUCAGAAAGAUUAUUCAGGAAGUAUAUUUGCACUGGGCGCCAGAUGAAAUGGAACUCCUCUCAGUGAAUGGAAUUGAGACUGUGUCUGAAAUGAAACCAACGUGCACUACUUUGAGAAUAGAUGGAGAUCAGAAUAGGGUACCAUUUAAGACGGAUGAAACGAUUGGUGCAGCCGGCUCCCUUGUUUAUUUCCUGGUUCCUUAUUACAUCAACUGGGUCCAUUCUCUCUUUCUGUCACUCUAGGUGCCUGCAGACAUGUAGCAUGUGUGUGUUUUUGUGGUAAGGGCGUGGGUGAUUGUGAAAUACUGUGAGUGUGACACUGUGAGAAAAUUCUCUGGGUCGAAGUUGGCCUUAGACACAGAUCGUGGAUCCUCUUAACCAUUACUGACUGAAGAUGCAAGACUGACUUUAGAUCAGUGUCUAGUGUUGACUUCAUCCAGCGCCUAAGGGUACAGUCUGGGAAUAUGUCGUCACUGAGAGAGGAGAGGAGGAGUGGGUAAGGGAAGGGGGGGAUAAAAUGUACAUUUCUUUUUUGUACUUUGUUUUAAUUUAUUAAAUAUAUCUUAAGACGGCACUUCUGGUGUGCGAAUGUGUCCAUUAAAGACUUUCAGGCACUUCCUACUGGCCACUAUGUUAGGUCUGUGUUUUAAUGUAAUGUAAAUAAAACAUGUUAAAUGAAACAUC